AUGAACAAAAAUAAAGGAUUCCAAGAAGUAUCAAUCUACUUUGGAAUGAUUGAAUUAUUAGUAAUCGGAGGUUUCGAGUUUGAUGAUAAGACCGAAAUCCUUGUACCCACAACGCAACAAUCGUACAUGAACACAGAGCGGCUGUUAAAUCAGUAUGGUGAUCCAAUGCUUCGAGGUGCUGAUGGUGACCAGGUAAGACUGUUUGGUGCAGCAAAUUUUGUUCUUUUGAAGAACUGUUCAUACAAGCAUUGGGGCUACCACAGCCUUCACGCCUAUCUGAACAAAUUUAUACCUAUUAUACCUAUUGAUUUUCAUAACCACGUAUCCCAAAAGCAUAAGGCCUAUAACAUUUAUCAUUUUGCCUCGGCUUUGCUUAAUAUUCUAUGUUCGAAACGGGCUGUUACGAAAGCAAUGAUGGAAGAGUUAUGGGGUUCCUUCACUCGUAUUAACACAUACGAACAAUUAAUGAAGGCAAUAAUUAAAGACCAAGAGAAAAGUCAAGUGUAUCUUAAAAUGUUAAUCAAAAUAGCUAGCAAGUUGGAGACAAGAUCCCCUAAUUACUCAAGUGCUAUUUUCGGUCUAAGCAGUGGAAGGGAAAAGGCCUUGAGCAUCAUGGUAGAUGGACUAAAAGACCAUAUAAAAAGACAAAAUGCAGCCCGAAAGAGGGAGUUGAGGUUGUGA